UUCAGAAAUCGAGGGAGAAAGUAUUUACGCUGUCUGGCUCUGGGAGUAAUCUCGACCGCGUUCUGAACAACGGUGCAGUAAAGUGAACACUCUUCGCUCAACUCUGCUCAAAGUUGUACUUUUGAGUCGCCUUUUCUCCCGGUCGACCACGUCCUUCAGUCGUAAAGGUGAGGAAGAAAGGUGUUUUACAUCCUUGGCUGAGUGACUCCCCUCUUCCUUCUUCCCUUCCUUUCUUCUUUCCAUCCCAUACUUUGACUCCACCUCCUGCAGGAUGUCCUCCAAGGCCACGCCCAUCCAGGGGUCGACACCCAUGACCCCUCCACCGAUCCCUGCGAGAGCCCCAAAGUCUCCAGGGUCCCCAGAGUCCCUGCAUCCUCCGACCCACAGAUAUAGAGACCGCUCACCUUCCCCUAUGAGGGGCUACCUCAUCCCCAGCCCUCUGCCCACUCGGAGAAACAGGACUUACUCAGCAACGGCUCGUGCAGCAGAGGGUCCCAUGUUUACUGGUGUGUGUAAAUACUUUUCUCGCUCCAAAGGCCACGGCUUCAUCACACCAUCCGACGGGGGCAAGGACAUCUUUGUCCACAUUUCAGACAUUGAGGGCGAGUAUGUGCCGGUGGAAGGCGACGAGAUGAGCUACAAGAUUUGCUCCAUCCCCCCCAAACUCCAGAAGGUGCAGGCAGUGGAGGUGACCAUAACCCAUCUCAACCCAGGAACCAAACACGAGACCUGGACAGGUCACACUGUCAGCAGCUGAAUGCUGGUCCCCGAUGGGAGAGGGGGAGAGGGGGAGAGGUGGGGGUUAACGAGGCCAGUGGGUGGGAACAGAAGCAUAGGACUAAAUGGGGAGGGGGGAGGCGCAUGAAGGAGAGGAAGAUGAUGUGCUGAUAGUGGGCACAGAGACAGCGGAACACCCAGGUGAUGUUAUUAGUUGUUUAACACUCAAAGAAUGUCGGGAUACAUCGAAGAAGACAGUUAAAGGUUUCAUUUUGAGUUGAGUUGAAAUGUGGGAGACUUUCUCUGCCCUUCCUGGGAACAAGGGGUCAUUAUAUCUUUGGAAAACUGCUAUUAAACUAGAACAUUAUGAUUACAGUGGAAGUGGAAGUGUUCAUCAUAGAGAUAUUUCUAACAUUACAGUAGAUUUCUUACUUAGAAUUGUAGACUCUGCCUGUGUUGAUGUACAAGUUUGACCUAUUUUAACGGGGACAUUAUUAAUACUUAAUGCGGCCGCAUUCCUUUUUUUUUCUGGAAGAAUUUUGGACGUGUCUCCCUAUGUGUGUGUGUGGGGGGGUGACUCCGCCUAUCGCCCUAUGUCAGCUGGGUUUGGCACAGCUCCAUCCGCGGCCCUCAUGUGGAGGAUAAAGCGGUAGAAAACGGAUGGAUGGUGUACUGACUGAGUGUGCCUACUUUUACCUGAAGGACCUACAGCUCUGUAUGUGCCUACAUAUACCAAUAUAUCCUCUGUGUUUGAUCAUAUGUGGGUGUUUAUAUGAAUUAAAACAUUUUCAACUGCU